AUGCCUACGCCAUGUGCAGCAGAUGACGAUUCGAGUUUUCUCACACUGCAGGCCCAGGAACGUCCCUCCACAGCAAUGGAAGUAAGACAUGGACAGUCUCAUCAGCAGCAGUCGUCCCGAAGUGGAGGCAUCAGUGGACGGAUGUGCUGGAUUUGGUUAUUCCUGGCGAUCGUGGUCUUGCUACAGGUUUGGGAACGUGCAGCUGGAUUGGCGUCGUCGUCCUUAUCAGAGUCCUCAAUGCAGUUCUGGAAAGACUUCAUGAAAAGCGCCGCGGAACCAACUGCUGCACUACCGUCGGCAUCGGAAGGAGCAGCAGAAGAUCCGACACAAACCUUGCAAGAAGCGCUACCCUUUGCGGUGCUACCUGUGGUACAAAGUUUGCCGCAGCCGGCUGUGCAGUUGCUUCCGCAGACGAAGAAGCCGCAUUACGAUCUGAUGAUAAUCAUUCCUGCAAGUGGAAGCCGUGACCGGAAUCGCAUGGAAGCAGUCAGGCAGACAUGGGUCCGGGAAAUCGACAACACGACUGGUUUGUGCAGCAGGUGCAAGAGCAAGCGCACGAUCAAGUACUUUUUUAUCUUGGGUGACGAGGCGACUGAGGAGGAGAAGGAGAAUCGCCAUUUGCGGGAUGAGGAGGUGCUGGACUCGAAUGGAACUGUGGCGACUACCACUGGGAACCAUACCAAGGACAAGUCCGACAUCAUCGCUUUGUCAAGGUGCAGCAGUGAUUACAUACGUCUUGCAGAGAAAGUGCGGAAAGCGAUCCGCUUUGUCACGACACACUUCAGUUUUCGCCUGCUGUUGAAGACAGACACAGACUCCUGGAUCUUUCUCGAUACGCUUUUGGCAUACGCAGAAGCAAACGACCUCUUCAGCAGGAAGCGCUCGGUUCAUGCUGGCGACGUUCGCAGAGGUGCCAAGCCGCAAAAGCCGAAGUCUGGUGGCAAAAACAUCGAUGAGGUGUUCAACACCAAGACGGGUCAGGACACCUACCCUGUUUUUGCUGCAGGGUGUGGUUACCUGCUCACGAGAAACCUUUGCAACUUCAUCGCCCUUCUUGCAAUGGAGGAUCCCGAUUUGCCCAGUCUGACAGAGCUGCCGCAGGAGGACGUGGCAGUGGGCUUCUGGCUACAGGCUCUUCAACACGAUAAGCUGAAGGCGCCGAUUUCACCCAUAGCUGAAGGCUGCCGAAAGAAUUCGGGCCAUCGCACGAAGUUGAUCGUUGAUCACUACGUCUCAAUUGCGGAGAUGCAUCGAAGGGCGAGCAAUCUGCGUCAAUACGGAAAUCCUUGUGGCGCAGGUGACUGA